CAGCUUCCAAAGACAAGCAGCUCGAUACCAUCGAUAAAGAUAUGAAAUCGUUGCAAAAUGUCUACAAUACCAGCUUGAAAUUCAAGGAAUUUGUGCUCAAUCCAACAUUAACUCCAUUGAUCAAAGUGAACACUGUCAAGGACAUUGCCAAAAGCUUAAGUAUAAGCAAGGGAACGCUCAAUUUUUUGGGUUUGUUUUGACA